AAUGAGUCUUGGUGAAGAUGGAUGGUAUUUUCAAGAAGAAAUCAAACGAUAUAUUUUCAAAAAAAGUCAUCGACGUAUUUGAGAACAAAUCAGACAACGAUAUACUAGCACAUAAAAGUGGCGGCAUAGAUGUCUUUGAGACGAAAGAAGAUAUCUUUGAAAACCCAGGCUAUCAAGCUAACAUUUUCCCCGGAGACAAAGAGACAGAAUAUCAUGAACCAACAGUAAAAGAUAAACCACUUCAGGUUGCAGAUAUACUAUGCCAUGGGAAAUUCCGAAAGAACAGAUGUCAUGCCAAGGUCAUACAGAGGACGCUUGAACUUUAUAUGAAAGGAGAAGAUAAAAACUUAAAAAAGAAACUGACUGCAGUUAAACCAAAGAGAGUGACAAUUAAGGAUGAUUUAGAGUGGUAGGGAUAAAUUCUGA